AGGCGGAGGGCUGGGACACGGGAGAAGAGGGGCGCCGCCGAGCUUCUGCGCCCUUUCCGGAGCGGGCGUGCGGCUGCGGCUUCCUUCUUGACCGGCUUCCCCGCGAGGCAGGAUCUUCUGCUGUGAAGACGUUACUUAAGUGCCAGCAGAUCUGACCCACGAAGCCUGGAAAGAGAAGACCAUCAGGUUGUUCGGCGCGGUGCCGUCCAGCUCGACCUCCCCUAGAGGCCCCCGGACCUGAGGCAGAGGUGCGAGUGGGGUGGCCUGGCCCCCCUCCUGCAGACCCAUGGCGCGCCGGCUCCAGUUACAACUGCUGACGUGGGACGUGAAGGACACGCUGCUCAGGCUCCGCCACCCCGUGGGGGAGGAAUAUGCUGCCAAGGCCCGGGCCCACGGGCUGGAGGUGGAGGCUGCGGCCCUGGGACAGGCCUUCGGGCGGGCGUACAGGGCUCAGAGCCACAGCUUCCCCAGCUAUGGCCUGAGCCGCGGCCUCACCUCCCGCCAGUGGUGGCUGGAUGUGGUCCUGCAGACCUUCCACCAGGCAGGCGUUCGGGAUGCCCAGGCUGUGGCCCCCAUCGCUGACCAGCUGUACGAGGACUUCAGCAGUUCCCGCACCUGGCAGGUGUUGGAGGGGGCUGAGGCCACCCUGAGGGGGUGCCGAAAACGAGGUCUGAGGCUGGCAGUGGUCUCCAACUUUGACCGACGACUGGAGGACAUCCUGGCGGGUCUUGGUCUGCAGGAACACUUCGACUUUGUGCUGACCUCCGAGGCUGCCGGCUGGCCCAAGCCCGAUCCCCGCAUUUUCCAUGAGGCCUUGCGCCUUGCUCAGGUGGAACCGGCGGUGGCAGCCCAUAUUGGGGACAGUUACCAAUGUGAUUACAAGGGAGCACGGGCCGUAGGUAUGCACAGCUUCCUGGUGGCUGGCCCCGAGCCUUUGGACCCUGCGGUCAAGGAUUCUGUACCCGAAGAACACAUCCUCCCCUCACUGUCCCAUCUCCUGCCUGCCCUUGACUGCCUGGAGGGCUCACCCCCAGGGCUUUGAGUCAGGCGAGGGAAGCGGUCGGGCCCAACAAACACUGGAGACAGGGAGCCCCUUCCUUCCCUGAGAUCUGGCCUUCACCCCUCCCCCUGCAGCCACCAUAAUGCAUUCCGACUAUAAAGCAGUGAAUGCGGGGCAUUCAACCCUGCCCCACUAACCAGCUCCUGGUCUCUGAGAUGAUUCAUUCCUCACACCUGCGUCCAUUUUCUACCACGAGUCCCCCUCACCUCCAACAAGAUUCAUGAGGGCCCAACUAGCUUCAAAACCAACACUUUAAAACUUUCUUUUUAGCAGCAGGGCCUUUCGUCAUGGGAGAGCUUAUGUGGAACCCCAACAUGCAAAACAGGAAAAAUGAGAAACUGCUAGGGUUGAAGCAGAGGUCCUGGGACCCUUCAUUCGGGCCCUGAAGCCUCUGCGACUCUUUCCCCUGAGAAGCCUGAGAUCAGAGGAGCUUAGUACCUGCAGGUACUGGAGUUCUCAUUUAGGCGUGUCUGACUCCGAAGCCCAUUGGCUUGACUGCGAGGUUACAAGUAGAAUGGGAUCCAUGUCACACAAGACAUAAUGCAGUGGAGAUCCAGGGAGAAUAGAGAAGGUGUCCUAAGGAUGGCGGUCUUGAAGGGCACCCCAGUCAUAGGAAUAGCUUGGGGGUGGGAAAGCACAGGGAACAAGGACUGGAGCAUGAGGUGGCAGGAGUGCAGGGACUACGGGGGGAAUCACUGGAGAUUGAAGAAGUAGGUUGGGCUUUUAAAAUUCCAUGUCUCGGGCUUCCCUGGUGGCGCAGUGGUUGAGAAUCUGCCUGCCAAUGCAGGGGACACGGGUUCGAGCCCUGGUCUGGGACGAUCCCACAUGCCGCGGAGCAAAUGGGCCCGUGAGCCACAACUACUGAGCCUGCGCGUCUGGAGCCUGUGCUCCGCAACAAGAGGCCGCGACAGUGAGAGGCCCGCGCACCGCGAUGAAGAGUGACCCCCGCUUGCCGCAACUAGAGAAAGCCCUCGCACAGAAACAAAGACCCAACACACCCAAAAAUAAAUAAAUAAAUAAAUAAAUAAAGUU